AUAUCCGCCACAUCCAUCGUGGUCUGACGAUAGUCCCAACACGGAAUAGCCCCGAGGCUGACACCACCUACACGCAGACUUCUAUUGAGAACAUCGCUAGGAUUAAAAUUGAGCCACGAAAACCGAUCGCACAACCACAAUCAUCAGAUACUGUGAUAUUAGAGCGAUUGCUUAGUAGAGGUUACGACUGGCGGGUUCGGCCGCCGGCUAAGCAAGGUACGAUUCACAGCGGUCCAGUUGUGGUGACCGUCAAUAUGCUUAUAAGAAGUAUUUCGAAGAUCGAUAACGUCAAUAUGGAAUACAGCGUACAACUGACAUUUCGUGAAAGUUGGUUGGACGAGCGAUUGA